UGUUUUUAUUACAAAUAUAUUGUUAACACAGAUCCUUAUGUAUUUAGGCCAUUGGUUCUCAACCACAAACUUCCAAAGAACCUGCAAGAUGACUUAGAAUAAGAAAAAAUGUCUUAUUAAAAUAAAACAUGCAUUAAAAUAAGCUUAAACAAAUAAAACCAAGAUGUAAACUGAUAUUAUAUUCUUGUUUAAUGCCCUUAACAACUUUUUAAGCACCAGAAUUUUCUUUGAAAACCUGGAAAUAUGAGGGAAUUUCAAAAGUGUGUUUUCCAGAUCUGGAAAUUUCUGGAAAUUAAAAAAUCCUAAAACAUCAUGUUUUAUAAAGAUUUGCUAGUUAUGUCUAGCUCUAAAAUAUUUCAGCGGGUAGAAAUGCUGAAUAACAUUCAGUUAUUAAAAAUUGGGUAAUAUUUUAAUUAUUUAAAUGAUUUAUAAAUAUUUAAUUAUUUUAUUAUAUUCCCAGUCCCAGUUUUUGAAAAUAAUGUUUCAAAAUAAGCAGCUUUGUCAUUACAUCAGAAGUACCAGAAAUAUCUUUUAGGAGCCUUUAAAUAUUGUCUUUUGGGGGCCAUUGAAAUUAAAAACUUACUGCACUGUUAGUUACUGCACUGUGAGAUGAACACAGAAUUGAUCAAAUGACUGCUUUUUUUUUUUUUUUUUUUUUUUUUGUCGCAGGCAUGAAUUAGUGGUUAGCACACAUGCUAACACAUUUAGCUGUAGUGCUCUUGUAUAUCUCUUUAUACUCUACGUUUCAAUAAAACUGGCAAAAUUGAAAAUUAUAUUUAGUAAUAAUUAAAAAGAAAUAAAGGAUUAAUAUUCAUUCUUUUUUAUUUUUCUCUCAUUUAGAGGAUGACAGUUCGGGUUCCCCGUAUCAUCGUGAGAGACGUAAUGCCAUCAGUGGGCAGACCACGGUUCUGGGCACAUCAGGAAAACUGAGUGAGGAGCCAUCCACCUCUACAGAAGAGCGCUCCCCAUUGGUGAAGAAAGAACUUCACAGUUCUCUGCCCCACCUUUCAGAUCACACCCUGCCCUAUCGGGGGACGUUGUUCACUAUGGACCCUCGCAAUGGAUACUUGGACCCUCACUAUACUACACCUCAGUUCUUUCCUGCUUUUCAUCAUCCGGUACCAAUUGAUGAUAGACACACACAAGGCCGGUACAUUUACGAACCCUCGCCGGUACCGCCACUACACGUCGCCCCACACUGGUUUGACCACGGCAGAGUACUACCACCAGAUGGCCCUGCUUGCAGGUCACCGCAGCCCCUAUGCUGACAUCAUUCCCUCAGUGGCAUCCACAACGGGGCCUGCAAGCAACGCCCUGCAUAUGGAGUACCUGCAGGCUAUGGAAAGUUCUCGAUUUCCUAGUCCUAGGUUCACAAAUCGGCCCAGCAGAAAACGACCCCUUCCCAGCUCCCCUUCCCUGUCUGACCCCAGUUUUGACCUGCAGGCCAUGAUUCGCACCUCGCCCAACUCUCUAGUCACUAUCCUUAAUAAUUCCCGCUCCAGCUCAUCCACCAGUGGAUCCUACGGACACCUCUCAGCUGGCACUAUUAGCCCUGCAUUGAGUUUUGCAUAUCCUCCAACGCCUGUAGCACUACAAAUGCAUCAGCAGCUUAUCGGUCGGCAACCGGGUAUUGUAGGUUCUGCCUUCGGACACAGUCCGCCCCUCGUGCACCCAGCUCCUGCUUUUGCCACCCAGAGACCUGUUCCUGGCAUCCCCCCCUCCAGCCUAGCACCUACAGAACGUUCCACAGCCUCAAAUGACUCACAGACGAAACCCACCAGUGAGUCGGCUGUGAGCAGCACAGGUGACCCCAUGCACCACAAACGCUCCAAACUCAAAGCAGAUGAGGAGCCGCCCAGCCCCGGAGCUGUUAGCAUGCAGGAGCAAACGGAUGGAAUGACUCUGGUAAAAGAGGAGGGCGAUAAAGAGGAGGGCAAGCAGGAGCCGGAGGUAGUGUAUGAGACCAACUGCCACUGGGAAGGUUGCUGCAGGGAGUUCGACACCCAAGAGCAGCUUGUGCAUAGUCUGGAAGUCCCAGUGGUUGCUGUUGUCCUGUACCGUGGCAGGCCGAAGAUGAAUAGAUCUCUCCUCAGAGCUGCACGUGUAGCAUCAGCACCUCACAUAAAUAAUGACCAUAUCCAUGGAGAAAAGAAGGAGUUUGUGUGUCGCUGGGAGGAAUGUUCAAGAGAGCAAAAACCCUUUAAGGCCCAGUACAUGCUGGUGGUGCACAUGCGCAGACAUACAGGAGAGAAGCCUCAUAAAUGCACGUUUGAAGGCUGUUCAAAGGCCUACUCCAGACUGGAGAACCUGAAGACACAUUUGCGGUCACACACAGGAGAGAAGCCCUAUGUGUGUGAACACGAAGGUUGCAACAAAGCAUUUUCCAAUGCUUCAGACCGGGCCAAACACCAGAAUCGCACACACUCCAAUGAGAAACCCUAUGUGUGUAAAAUCCCUGGCUGCACUAAGCGAUAUACUGACCCCAGCUCUUUACGGAAACAUGUUAAGACUGUACAUGGUCCUGAAGCCCAUGUCACCAAGAAACAACGUGGGGAUACAUACCCGCGACCCCCACCUCAGCCACGAGAACCUGGAGGUAAUGGACAAAGCAGGUCACCAGGACAACUGCCUCUCGGAGCGAUCACGGACCAAAGGGAGUAUAACCAUGCUACCUCGAAACAGGAUGAAUGUCUACAAGUCAAGUCAAUCAAAACAGAAAAGCCCAUGACGUCUCAGCCAAGCCCUGGCAGUCAGUCUUCAUGCGGCAGUGACCAGUCCACCGGCGGCCCCCAUAUCGGCCGUGGAGUCCAGCUUGCUGUAAACAGCAUUGGGCUUGUGGGGGAGGUGGCAGUACUUGAGGACAAGGAAAAUGAAGAGGAGGAGGAGGUGGAGGAAGGAGAGGGAGAGGAGGAGGAUGCCCCCAUUAUGGACUCUACAGUAUCCACUGCAACAGCCACUGCAGCAACACUAGCUUUGCAGACACGCCGAAGUGUAGGACGGCCCCUACGCUGGAUGGAACAUGUCAAGAUGGAGAGGUUAAGGCAGGUGAAUGGAGCUGUGCCUAGGCUAGGACAUCUGUCCCCAACACCACCCCCUAAAGGCCAGGCCCUGCCUGCCCUCACAGGAAAGGGUUCAUGCCUUGGUAGGAGUAAUUCUUUGGGAGUGCCCCAGCUUCCUUCACGUCCUGAACCGUCCAACACAGAGCUGACAGUUUUGAGUUUGCUGCAUGAACGGCGGGACAGCAGUGGCAGCAACACCAGCUCGGCCUACCUGAGCAGCAGCCGUCGCUCCUCUGGCAUCUCCCCCUGCUUCUCCAGCCGCCGAUCUAGCCAGGCCUCGCAGUCUGAGCACAGCCAUCAUCGGCGUAUCCACAAUCUCAGUGCCACUGACUCUUAUGACCCUAUCUCUACUGAUGCCUCCCGACGCUCCAGUGAAGCCAGCCAGUGUGGAGGUGGAGGAGGAAGUUCAGGUGGGAUGGUGUACGGUGGAAGCUGGGGUGGUGGUGGAAGUGGAGGUACUGGAGGAAGUGGGAUGGGAGCAAGAGGUGUUUUGAACCUCACUCCAGCUCAACACUAUCACCUGAAGGCCAAAUAUGCAGCUGCUACAGGUGGGCCUCCUCCCACACCCUUGCCCAACAUGGAGCAAAUGAGCCUAAAGAGUCGCCUGACUUUGAUGGGAGAUGGACAGGACACAGGCCAGCUUACACUACCACCACUGGUCAGGCCACGUCGCUGUAGUGAUGGUACACACAACUUACAAGGCAGUCAAGCAGUGUAUCAACGAAGAGGACUGUACCCUGGUGAAGGUCCUGGGAAUAGUGAUCGAAGAGCCAGUGACCCUGUGCGCCCACGGGAUCCUAGUGCUUUUGGCUUGCCACAUGUACAGCGUUUCAGCAGUCUAAACAACAUGAAUUCAUUACCCCAUCUUGCUAGUAAUCAUUACUCAGAUGGAGAAGAUCACAGUCUGGGCUGGCAGAACUACACCUGCCAAGUAGGUAGCUUUCAGAAGAGUCUACACUCCCCAUGCCCUCCUAGCAUCAUGGAGCAAUCAGCACUUGAGGAAUUGGCCAUGGACCAGGAAGGACUUCUGUUACAUGUUGAUGAGGACAUCCUACCAGAUGAUUUGGUGCAAUAUCUCCAUUCCCAAGAUCAGGAAUCGGCUCAAAACCAUAGCAGUGAUUCCAGUCCCCAUAGAUCCAGUUUUGACCAGGGUAUUGCAGAUGGCCAGAACUUCCUCAGCCCACAAGAGCAACAGAAAGAGGCAGAAGGGGAAGGCAUUAGUAAAGAUGUAAUGCCUAUCCAGUGGAAUGAAGUGAGCUCUGGUAGUGCCGAUGUUACUUCUACCAGGCAGCAAUCUCAGAGAUGCGGAAGAUGGUCAGACUCGAGUGGCAUAGUGAGCAACCCCUUUGGUCGCUUUGGAAACAUGAUUGUGCAGCAACAACUGCAUACAGAUUUUAUAGAUCAACACUUAAGUCUUCAUAGAGAUGGUGUUCAACACAUGACAGGUAUGAGCUACGGAUGCAGACAUCCAGAGCAGCAUCAACAAAUUGCAAAACCAACCCAACAGCAGUCCAAGAUGAAUCCAGGCAUUAAGAUUGAGUCUUCCUCAACCUCCCAAAUGGAAUCAAGGCACAAUAACUUUGGUCGACCAGACUUCUCUCAUAUCUAUUUGGGCCCCAUCCGCCCUAGCUGUGCCCAGCAGACAACUAUAUCCCAUACUCACCUCCAGCAAAAUCACACAAUAACACAUCAAAUCAGAGGUAAUCUUUUGUUGCAAAGACCAGCCAACUGCAGCUUGUCUCCGGCAGCACUACUGUCUCACCAGCCUCAGCCUCCUAUGUCCCAUCCACCUGUCAACAAUGGCCGUAGAGGCUUAUAUCACCCACAGUUCUACUCCACUCAGCAGGUUGGCAACAGUCAAAAUGCACAUUCAUACCAGCAGCAAAGCUUAAGAAAUGGAAAUGGCACCAAUUGCUCCCUUACAAAUCAGGUUUUAGGGCUGAAGCUUGAGGCAGAUGAUCACCUUCAAACUAGCACUUGCUCUUCCUUUCAGCAACAGCAGCCAGUGUUUAUUGCUGAGUGUUUUGACGCAGCAGAGUCCAAAACUUCAUCUUCUCACAACAUAGCACAGUCAUGUCUAAUGGAGUCCUUGUCAGAAGAGACAGAAACACCUUCUGAGGCUCUUCUGUCCCCUGGGGUUGAUCAGGUUACCAGCACGGUUGAAGGAAGCCCAGGUACCCUAGAUAAUGUGGGUUUAGAUAUUUGUUCAAUCCUUGAGGAUGGCUAUGAGCAGAGUAGUGUGGUGUCUGACAUAAUCAGUCCUAGUUUUCUCCAGGGUCUGUCUCGGACUUCCUCCCGACUGACUACUCCUCGUGUUUCUGCUGCAUUUCACAGCAUGCAUCCAGGCACUAACAACAUGGCUAUAGGUGACAUGAGCUCCCUCCUUACCACCCUCGCAGAAGAGAGUAAAUUUCUAGCUAUUAUGCAGUAGUCUGUGAACGCCUUCCCCCCUAAAAAAAAAAAAAAAAAAAUCGUAACAAUGUUAUAGAUAAGACAAAUAUAACAGACUUAUGCAUGUCAUGUUUAAAUGUGGGAUGAGUAAAAAGUUAUUACCUUAUACUUAUUAAAAUAGUUUAAUAGGCGAUGUUGACAAAGAGUUCACAAUCUAUUUUGAAGCUAUCUCAUCAUCCUAGAGGCAGUGACCAAUAAAACCAUAUAGAUACAUAUAGAGAGGCUAUUUUUUCUUUUAUAUCGCUAUAUAAUGAUGACAGGAGACACUUUCCAUCACAUUGAAACAGUAUUCUCUGUUGUUGUUGCUAUAUGUUUUGUUGUACACUGUUGCUACAAGUGCAUGUUAUUUUUCUUAGUGAACACAUUGUCCACUAAACUGAGUAGGAUAACUCAUGUAUUGUGUACCUUUUUUUUUAGAGUGCAUUACGUACUUCAAAGACAGUGUGAAUAGACAGACUUAACUGUCAACAGGUCAAGACCCUGUCUCUUAACAAGUGUUGACACUCUUAACAAGUGUCAUAUUUUGAUUAUUCUAAUUGUCUUUUUAAGUGUCUUAAAUCAACAAUAUUUCAGUGAUUUCAUAAGUACCAAAUGUUGUUUGGAUCCAUUUUUUUUCCUUCAUGGCAAGUAAGAGGGACCAUUUUUUUUUGUGUAAGUGAGAAGAAUGCUAGAGCUGAUAACUCAGUAUCUUGAUUCUAUUGACUGUAUCUUUGUAAAUAAAUGUUAAUAUUUUUUUUUUCCUUUUUAUAUUGUAAAAAAAUUACAUUUUACAUCAUUUUGUUCAUAUUGUAAAUGACUGGUGCUGACGUUAGGCAGUGCAUUAUGUGAAAUUUGUGGAAAAAACAUUGUGGUCAUUUUAGUCAAUCUCAACAUACUUAUUGCACAAAGAUGUUUGAAUUUGUGGCCAAAAAGCAUUGGUGUCAAUUCAUGCUUCAAUUUAUCUAAAUAUAUCUAAAUUUUUUUUUCUUUGUUUAAAACAGUCAGUUGUGUGCUGUUUUUGUCACAGCAGUGCAGUGCAUCUAUAGCGAGAUAUCAUGUAUGCUUUUUAGAUCAACCUGUUUUUACCUACCCAUUUAUGAUUAAAUAAGCAAAAUUAAGACUUAUAAACACCAAGACACAUCAAGCUCCACUACAAGAGCUAAGAGACUUUUCAGCAGUAUUAAAACUAUCCUGCAGUUUCUAACCUGCAUAUGUACAGCUUUUUAAAAUGGGUACUCUGGUAAUUAGGUUCUGUUUGUUUUUGUACAGUUAUUUGAACUUUUUCUGUAGUUGUGUAUCAGUGUUUUGAACAUAAAGGUGGUAUGACCCAUUCCCAUAUGAAAGGAUAAAAGGGUUUGAGCCUAAGGUAUGUGCCUUAUUAAUGCCUGUCCAUACAAAAGAAUCACUGCCAAAAAUAAAACAUGUAUGGAAAGAGUCCUAUGACUUUACAUGUUACAUGAAACAUAAAACUCUGUUGGUUGGGCAUUGAGAAAUGUAACAUGUAUAAACAAUGUUGGUUGCUUUGUUGUUUUUUUAAUAGUUAUUUGUUUUAUGUUUUUUCAUGCUUGUAAAUACAUAUUCAUUCUGUAAACUGUAGUCAAGAGUUUAGGUGGCAUCAGGGGUCAGAAUUAGUAUAAAUAUCCUACUCUAUAAAGCAGGAAUCCCUGUGCCCUCUCUUACAUUUAAACAGAGAGAUCAAAAUGGAGUCAUGGUGCCUAGCACCCUUAGACUGGGAACAAAUUCUCAAUGUUCAUUUUAUAUCAGAUUACAAAAAAAUGUUUGUAUGGUUUUAAUAAAAAAAAAUAUAUAAAA